UGACGUAUAACAAUGACAUUGUUGAACUCUCUUGCACGUGCAAACAGCAAGGGAAUUGAAAAUUGAAUAAUAUAAAUUGUGUUUUUACAAAUAUUUCGUGAAUAAUUCUGAAAUAAAGAUCCGAAGCCACUUCCGCAGCUAAAAUUAUCGCAUAAGCAAUAACAUUUUGUUUGUUACAUGUGAGGUUACAAAAUGUCCAAGAAAGUAAAACACUUGGUCGUGGACACAACUGCUUUCAUUAGAGCAGCUAAUUUGCAAGAAAUCGCAGAAUCUGCGUAUACAGUUCAAGAAGUGGUUGACGAGAUAACCAAUGACCGGCAACGUAGGAAACUCGUAGUGCUACCGUACGACUUAAAAGUUAAGGAUGUCUUCUCCGAAAACAUCAAAUUCAUCACGGAAUUCGCAAAGAAAACUGGCGAUUACACCAGCCUCUCUGCUACAGAUAUUAAGGUAAUGGCGUUAACGUAUCAACUUGAGAAGGAGGUUAUUGGUUCUGACCAUCUUAAAAAAGAACCAACAAUACAAAAAACCAUUAAAGUCACUGGUCUACCAGGUUUCAAUUCGAAUACAGAUAAAAAUACAACUUCGACAUCUGAGACUAAUACAGAAUCUUUAAAAUUAGACAAUGAUAACUAUAAACUUGAUUCAAUAGCAAAACCUGAUGAAAAACAGGCUCUAAGUACACAAGGAAAAAAAUCGGAUGCUACAGAAAACAAACAAGUUGAUAAUGACUUGAGGAAUGUUGAAAUUACUGUCAAAGAUGGUGAAGAAGAAAAUGACGAUGAUAGUAAACUAGCUGAAGAAAUUGCAAAUCAAAUCAAAAAUAUGGAUUUGCGAGAUGAAGAGGAUGUAGAAAACUGUAUUACCAAAGUUUCUGAUGAUGAUUGUGAUGAUGAAUCGGAAAGUGAGGAAUCUGAUAGUGAUAAUGGUGAAUGGAUAACACCAAACAACCUAAAAGAAAAAAGGAAAGAACUAGAAGAUGGCGUAUUUGAGGAGAAGAAUGUAGAAGUUGCAUGCAUUACUUCAGAUUUUGCUAUGCAAAAUGUUUUUAAACAGAUUGGCCUGAAUGUUACAUCUAUUGAUGGAAGAGUCAUAAGGCAACUAAGGACAUUUAUUUUUCGUUGCACAACCUGCUUCAAAACUACUAGUAUUAUGACAAAAUUAUUCUGUCCAAAAUGUGGACAUGCAACAUUGAAAAAAGUUUCAGUGAGUGUAGAUGAACAUGGUAAUCAACAUAUACACAUUAACGGUAAAAAACCUUUGACAGGUAGAGGGAAAAGAUUCAGUUUGCCCACACCUAAAGGUGGGCAGCACUUCCAAUAUCCAAUAUUAACUGAAGAUCAGCAUAUUCACAAGAGAUUUGCAACAAAAAUAGCUCGUAGCAAAACAAAUGCAUUAGACCCAGAUUACACUGCAGGUUUUUCUCCAUUUGUUAUGAAGGAUGUGAACUCAAAAUCUGCAGUUCUAGGAGUGAGGGCUGACAAACAAGAUGUUAAGUACUGGAUGAAACAUUUCUCUAAGGGAAAGAAGAAAUAAAAAUACUUUUAAAAUGUCAUUUCAGUUUUGUAUUAUGUCAAAUAUACUUAUUUACAUUAUAUGUACUAUUAUAAAGUUA